UGAGCGCUGCUGCUAGUAGAAAAAAAAAAACGAUUUCACUUUGUUAAUAAUAGUAGUAAAUUAACUACGUGCGCGCGCGUCUCAAGUGUUGGCUAUAGUUUAUAUUUAAAGCCGAUAUCAGCUGUUUCGUCAUGCGGCUAAGGCGAAACAUUUAGUAAAAAUUUGUGUUUGGACUGCCGCUGACGCUGACGCCGACGUCAUUCGUAGAUACACACAAAUAAAAUAUAUACGUACAUAUAGAUACUCGAAUGUGCUCAUUGAGUUUGUUGUUGUAGUUGUAAAUUAUGAAAACAAUUUAUCAACUGGAAAUCGAACAGCAACAACAACGUAACGACGAGAACAGCGCAGCGCUCGCUUCGCCUUGAUCGUGUGUAAAAGAAGAAGCAGCAGCGCAGUCGAAACGGCAGCGCCACCUACAACAAACAGCUGAAAGUAUUUUACAAAAACAAAGCAAGCGCUAAACGACUGGAGCACUAAAGAAAUUCAACAACUUGUUGCACACACACAAGCGCGUAUAAUAGAUAUACGAGUGUCACUCAGUGUGUGUGUGUGUGUGUGUGUGUGCGUGUGACCUUUAGCGGCGUUUUAUACCCUCGAGGCUUAAGCAUUUUUUCGCUUAAUGGAGUCACACAUUGAGCUGGAGCUGGCGCCGCUUAGCCAGAAGCAGCCAACGACGCCAGAGCCGCAGCCACAGCCAGAGACGCCGUCGACGCCACCGCCGCAGCUACAGAAGCAGCAUUCCAUUGACUAUGAGCUGGCAACACCCAUAACAACAGUAACAGUUAACAAUAUAAGCAGCAGCACGCCGGCAGCGACGCCAACGCCAACGACGACGCCGAGCACAUCGCGGCAGCUGUUCAGCGAAGCAGCCGCUGCACAUGGCGGCGCAGAUGCCACCGCGUUGAUGCAAGCGGAGCUCAAUAAUAUUGCAGCCAAUCAGCUAACAAAAGUGUACAGCGAUAAUUCCAUAAGAGAUGCAGCCAUAUCGCGUAAUCCUUCAACCACCGGUGGCAGGCAAAAGAUUGGACAUCGACGCGUCGAAGACGAUGGCGAAGUGACCUACAAGAAAAUACAAUCCAAGCAAAUUAUGGGCUCCAUACAGCUGGGCAUACAACAUACAGUGGGCAGUUUGGCCAGCAAACCGAAGCGAGAUUUGCUUAUGAAUGACUUUUGGGAAAUGGAAACUAUAGCAUUUCCACCAGAUGGUUCCAGCUUGACGCCAGCGCAUCAUUAUAGCGACUUUCGUUUCAAAGUUUAUGCGCCUAUAGCGUUUCGCUAUUUUCGCGAUUUAUUUCAUAUCGAACCCGAUGACUUUUUGCUGUCCAUGUGCGCUUCACCGCUGCGUGAGCUGUCGAAUCCUGGCGCCAGCGGUUCCAUAUUCUAUUUGACCAACGACGAUGAGUUUAUUAUCAAAACGGUGCAGAAAAAGGAGUGCGAAUUUUUGCAAAAACUGCUGCCUGGCUAUUAUAUGAAUCUCUCGCAAAAUCCGCGCACGCUGCUGCCAAAAUUCUUUGGACUCUAUUGCUUCAAUUACAAUUCGAAGAAUGUGCGACUGGUGGCCAUGAACAAUUUGCUGCCUUCCGAUAUUAAAAUGCAUGCCAAAUAUGAUUUAAAGGGUUCGACAUUUAGACGCAAGGCAAGCAAAGUGGAGCGACAAAAAGCAAGUCCAACAUUCAAGGAUUUGGACUUUGCUGAGCAUCAUCCGAAUGGCAUUUUUUUGGAGUCAGAUACGUACACAGCGCUAAUGAAUACAAUCAAACGGGACUGCAUGGUGCUGGAAAGUUUUCAAAUCAUGGACUAUUCGCUGCUGGUGGGCAUACAUAAUUUGGAUAUAGCAGCGAAGGAGAAGCGUGAGGAGCGCAUACGCAAUGCGCGCGCAAAGCUGCAGCGACGCGAUGGCACAAGCGCGCCGCUUGCAGAUGCAGAUGAUGCACCCGAAGCGGAUCAGCUGCAGCAGCUGCAAGCGGUAGCAAGUUAUGCAUCCAUACCGAGUACAUCAGCGCAAGGACUCAAUCGCACGCGCAGCAUGAAUCGCCAGCGUCUAGUAGCGCAUUCGACGGCAAUGGAAAGCAUUACCGCGGAUUUGGAUGCAACGCUGGAGGAGUGUGAGGAUGAGCCUAAGGGCGGCAUACCCGCGCGCUCGGAAAACGAUGAGCGCUUGCUGCUUUACAUAGGAAUUAUCGAUAUAUUGCAGUCGUAUCGCUUGGAAAAGAAACUGGAGCAUACUUUUAAGAGCAUCUUAUACAAUGGCGACACAGUCUCUGUAUGUCGUCCUAGCUUUUAUGCCAAACGCUUUCAGGACGCCAUGGGCAAACAGGUUUUCAAGAAAACGCCCACAUUUCCGCUUAAACAUUCCCCCUCCAAGCGCAAAACUUCCACCACACAGCUGCGCACGCCGCUGCAGCGUGCCACGCCUACAAAUGCAGCGCGCCCCAUGGCGCUCACAAUGCUCUCCGGCAUGUCUACGCCGCCGCCUGCUUUCGAUGACAUAAGCGAGGAGGAUAUUACAGCAGGCGCUUCAACUACUACACUGCAGCAGCGCAGCGCCAGCAACAACAACAACAAUGGCGAGCUGCAGCGCUUGGGCACGCCCUAUUCCUAUGCCAGCAGCUUGCGCAGCAGCGACUACAGCGACGAUGAUGAGUCGCUUAGCCAUGCCGCACGCAGCGUCAGCCAAACGCGCAGCAAUGGCAACUUGCAGCAGCAGCAGCAGCUGCCAGCGCGCACUACACGCAGCUUGCAGUUAACCAAAACGUGUGUGCAGGUCACCACUGUAGGCUGCUUGGAUGAGCAGCCAGCUGCCGAUGGCGUCAAUGGCGUUGCCACAGCUACGCUGCAUGCCACAAGCAAAACGUCGCAUAUGCAAGCGCCAAGCUAUACAACAACAUUGCUGCUCAACGAUGUGCCGCGCUAAUGUUAAUAAAUAAGCUUAACUACAGUAAAAACUUCAAACAUUUUUUUUUGUUAGCACGCCACUGCGUAUACGUAACGCAGCGCUCGUUUAUCUUGAUUAGCCAGCAGCAAAAAAAUAAACGUAUUUGUUUGCAAUAUGAAAAUUUAUGUGCCGCGUUUGUUAAUUGACUUGCCAC